ACGGUUACCGCAGCACUCUGAAUCUUCUCCUUGAGCCCCCUCCUCACGUCACUCAAAAGCGCCAGGGCGUGCACGCCCGGGCACGCUGCCAAUCAGGGGCUGCCUGAGAAGGGGCUGAGCUGCGCAGGUCUGAGGCUUCCGUGAGGGGGGCGUGUUGGCCUGAGGGAGCCGACUGCACCGGUAUCAAAGGAGGCUUCUUCAAGCCCCGGGUUCGUUUGGAGCAGGGAUGUCACAGAGAAAGAAAGGCCAAGGCCUUUCCCGCUCCGGCGGAGGCGACAACAGCGAUGACAGCAUCAGCUUCCCCGGCCCCAGCGGUGGCGGUGUCGGCGGCAGCGGAGGUGGGGGUAGCGGCGGCGGUCUCGGUGGCGUAGGUGGCGGCGGUCUCGGUGGCGUAGGUGGUGGUGGCGGCGGCAGCAGCCUCGAUGCCAGCGAUAACCCUGGCCCCAGCACCAGUGGUGGUGGCCUGUGGAUGAGCCAGUCCCAUGUCCAGGCCCUGGCCCGGGCCAUAGCCCAGGCGGACCCCAUGCAGGUAGAGGAUGACGUCAUGGAGGAGGAGGGGUCUGAGCAGCCAGCGCCCACCGCCGCCCCGCCAAUGCCCUCUACCUCCUUGGCGUCUUCCUCAUCCUCUGCAUCGUCCUCCAAGGCCCGGAAGAAGCCGGCCAAGCACACCGAGGCCCAGAUCCAGCAGAAGGCGAACGAGCUGGUGCAGUUCCUGCUGGUGAAGGACCAGAAGAAAGUGCCUAUCCGCCGGAGCGACAUGGUGAGGACCAUCCUGCAAGACUACAAGGACGUGGUCUCGGAGAUCAUCAAGCGUGCGGGCCAGACCCUGGAGGACGUCUUUGGCCUGCGGCUCCAGGAGAUAGAUCCGAAGUACCACACCUACAUCCUCAUCAACAAGCUGGAACGCCUGGACGAUGACGGCAUGAAUGCCAACGAGGAAGGUGUGGCCAAGAUGGGCCUUCUCAUGGUGAUCCUGAGCCUCAUCUUCAUGAAGGGCAACUCGGCCAAGGAGGCCCUGAUCUGGGAGGUGCUCAAGAAGCUCCGCGUGGAUCCGGAAAAGAGACACAAGACCUUUGGCAAUGUGAAGAAGCUCGUCAAGGACGAGUUUGUUCGCCAGAAAUAUUUGAAGUACGUUCGAGUACCCCAUACAGAUCCUCCAGAGUAUGAAUUCUUCUGGGGACCCAGAGCUGCCCAUGAGACCAGCAAGAUGGAAGUCCUUCGCUUUGUGGCUAAGAUUCAGAAUCGGGAGCCUUCCAGCUGGGUGUCCCAGUACAACGAAGCCCUCCAAGAUGAAAUGGCAUCUGCCUCUGCCUCUGCCUCUGCCUCUGCCUCUGCAUCUGCCUCUGCCUCUGCCUCUGCUUCUGCCUCUGCCUCUGCAUCUGCCUCUGCCUCUGCCUCUGCCUCUGCCUCUGCAUCUGCAUCUGCCUCUGCCUCUACUUCAGCUGGCAACUGAGCCACCGAGGCCACUUUCAGGUACCAGCAAGCAUUUUACAGACUGGUAUCAAGAAAGCAGAAAUCCCCCAAGUUUUGAUGACAUUUGAAACACAGGCAGAGACCCUUUUACCCUCCAAGGUCCCACACAAUUCAACAUUUUCUCCCUUCUCUGAACCUGCAACUUUGUGGAAAAACCUGCAUGAAUUGAACCACGACUUCCUCUUCCCAGGUUGGCUAAAGACUUUCUAAUACAAACUCAUUGCCUCAAGGACCUGUCCUCCCUUAGGCCUGGGUGAGCUUUCGUAGCCUUGAACCCAUCCAAGGACAGGAUUGCUAAACCAUCUCAGUCUAUGCUAAGCCCGUGUUUACUUUUCAGUUAAUAAAUGUCAUAUGCAUUAAAAAAAAAAAAA